AUGACUGCCUUGGAGUUGAAACUCAAGACGUUCAAGAUAGGACCUCUAACGGAUUUAAAAUGGCAAUUGGAUGGAAAGAGAAUUCAAAAGGACAACAACAUCGCAAUACACGUCACUCCACCAGAUGGAGAAGAAGACGAGUUCGUGCCGCCGCUGCGAGCGCGUCGCAAACUCAGCACGCCGCUGAGCGUGCUUCCCGGCGCUGAACGGCUGAAAUUGUCCGAUGGCCUACGAUUAUCACAAACACGUUCGUUGUCACCGAUUGAUCGCACUAAACGACGAUUUAGCACAAUGGUAUCAAGCACGGCAGCCGCUGCAGUCUCCCGAAGGUUGUCUGCCACCAUCGGUUGGUGCCUAGCCAUGCCUACCCAGGUCAAACCACAAAUUGUCCGACAAGGGAGAGCUCUAUGUCUUCAGUACAUUAAGACUCAAAUACGUAGAUCAUCAGCGUGUCCUAAGAAGCAAAUAGUAUUAAAACGCCUACAACAAAUGCUGGAAACGGAAUGCGGAGAAGAGGCAAUAAACAAUGUCGAGUCGGGAGUACUAGCGGCGUUACGAGCUUUAUGUGCAGCGUUAGAAAGGAAAAGGCCUGACGCGUUUCGACACGUGGCCCGUCAGGCGACGAGAGCCCCCUCAGCCAUGCUCCGAUCAGACACAGCCCUUGCGGAACUUGCUUUAGCCCUAGCUAGACGCAUUACUAGAGAAAACAUAACUUGGUCAAAGAUUGCAGCUGUAUAUUGCAUCUGUGGUGCAUUAGCAAGAGAAGCUGCUGAGGCAGCAGACAGUGAACCUGCUCUAGAACUUAUAGCAGCCCCGGCGGCGGCUAUCGCAGAUCUCCUGCAUGAAGAACCUGGCAAUUGGGUUGCCAGUCAUGGCGGUUGGAAUGGACUUAUUGAGCGGCUGCGCGUUAGUGAACGUGACCAAAGAUCCGAAAAAAAUUUACGUGUUAUGAUCUCCAUCUUCGUGAUUGCCUGCGCAACCCUAUUUCUUCUUCGCUUUUUAUCUAUUCUUACGCAGUAA